AGUGCUGCUACUUAAAGGCGCUGCGGAGCUCCUGAAAGGAGCAGAAGAAGAAGGGGCAGCAUUUAUCUGCCCGGUCCGAAGAGUCAAGAAGACACAGGCUGCCCUCUUGCAACGAGUUUUUGCGCUGAAAGCUGAAGAUGCAGACGCCGGCAGAGUCGAUCCUCCACAGUGGAUAUUUCCACCCGACGCUCCGAUACUGGCAGACCUGCGCCACCGAUCUCAGACCAGACAAUCUCAUCUACCCCAUCUUUGUCACAGACGCUGCAGAUGCCGUGGAGCCCAUCGGCAGCCUGCCGGGACAGGCAAGGUAUGGGGUGAACAAGCUGGAGGCGAUGCUGCGACCGCUCGUGGAGAAAGGUCUGAAAUGUGUUCUCAUCUUCGGCGUCCCGGCAAAAAUAGCAAAGGACGAAAGGGGCUCGGGGGCCGACUCGGACGACACGCCCGCGGUUCUGGCCGUCAGAAAGAUCCGAUCUCUGUUCCCGGAGCUGCUGGUGGCGUGCGACGUCUGCCUGUGUCCCUACACCUCACACGGACACUGCGGCAUCCUGAACGAAGACGGCGCUCUGAACAACGACGCCAGCUGCCUGCGACUGGCAGAGGUCGCUCUGGCGUACGCGCGAGCCGGUUGCCACAUCAUCGCGCCCUCUGACAUGAUGGACGGACGUGUCCGAGCCAUAAAGCACGCUCUGCUGUCCAACGGUGUGGGAAACAAGGUUUCGGUGCUGAGCUACAGCGCAAAGUUUGCCUCCUGUUACUACGGUCCGUUCAGGGACGCGGCCCAGUCCAAACCCGCGUUCGGAGACAGACGAUGCUAUCAGCUUCCCCCCGGAGCGAGAGGACUGGCGCUCCGAGCCGUGGAGCGAGAUGUGAGAGAGGGAGCCGACAUGCUGAUGGUGAAACCGGGUCUGCCGUACCUGGACAUCAUGAGGGAAGUCAAGGACAAGUUCCCCACCCACCCUCUGGCCGUCUACAACGUGUCUGGGGAGUUCGCCAUGCUGUGGCACGGAGCGAAGGCCGGCGCGUUCGAACUGCGGGCCGCCGUGAUGGAGGCCAUGACCGCCUUCCGCAGGGCAGGUGCUGACAUCAUCAUCACCUACUACACACCUGAGCUGCUCACCUGGCUGAAGGAGUGAAGGACCGAGAUGUGAGGCGGAGCACCGACGCCGCCUUACAUCUGCUGUUAAAGUCAUUAAUUUUGACUGGGGGGGGCUGUAUAAACGGGGAACAGGCCUGGGGUUACGCUGCGCUUUGUCCUCAAUCCUGUAAGCUAGUUUGAGGUUGUUUUUUUUUAGCUUUUAAAGCAACUAUAUGUUGAGAAUGUAAAACUGAUUUUAGCAGAAGAUGUCACUGCUGCAUAGAGACCUCUACGGGAUAAUUUAUUAGAUAUAUAUCACAUGUAUAAGCUGGAGUUAUUUUUAAAUCAGGGGGAAAUAAACUGGUUCAUUCUGA